AUGCAGCAGGCCGAGAUAAACGAGCAGAAUAUCAAGCAAAGCAAUAUGAAAGACAAAAUCGAUAUCAUUUCUGUCCGAGACGGCCUUACCUCCGUGAGCGAUCAAGAGCAUCAGUUCCCGAUUCAUUACGCCUAUGAUUACAGGCAUGGAAUCAAGCACAAUUACUUGAAGGCCCCUCAACUCCAGCUCUAUGAACAUAUUCGGCGUCAGACUUUCCUAGACCUAGCCGCUCGUAAGGAAUCCAGUGGUAAAAAAGCCGCUGGGCGAAGUGACAAUGGUAUAUACAUUGAUCCAGUGGCUGCCGGGCUUCCAUGGACCAGCGGAAUUCUUGCAUGUCGUCAAAGCAAGCACUGGCGGCUAUCUUUAGACACGGUCAAUCUCUUCCUACAGGAGCUGUCGGGAGGUGAUUGUGCGCAGAUAGCAUCAAGACCAGGCGGCAGCAUUACUCGAAUUGCACAGGAGGAGAUCCUGUCCAAUGCCGCGAACGGAUGGGCUAGGUUCCCUAUCUACCUGUAUCCGGAAGCUGAUGAACAGCGUGCGAGGCUUUUGGCAGUGGUUAAUGUUUUCGUCUUCGUGUUCGAUGAUUUCUGGGAGAUGCACGAUAUUUCCACAUUCACUGGCGUCCAGAAAGUUUUCAUUUCGCGUAUGCAGCCCGAGAGUAAUUCCAACAUACACCACCCUGAAACCACCCUCGAGUCGCUAAUAGAUGAAACCAUCGCGGAAAUCUUUGAGCUCGACCGCAAGAAUGGGAACGAUGCUGGCAGAGUGAUGAUCGAGGAGAUGAUCCGGUUCUUCAACCGCCCUGGCCCGCCGGAAAAGUACAAUAGUAUGGACGACUAUUUGCUUUAUCGACACCAGGAUGCGGGAAUAUCCUAUGUAUUAGGCACCGUCAAAUUCUCCCUUAACUCUUCCGUUGAUAUCAACAGCCCCCAACUGGCCAGAUACCUCCGACUGGUUUACCACCACGUCUGUAUCGCCAAUGACCUGGGCUCAUGGGAAAAGGAAAAGAAAGCUUACGAUACUGGAGCGGCCAUAUAUCUCAUUAAUGCGGUAGAUGUAGUCAGGCAGCAGCUAAACCUGUCCAGCUUUGAUGCUGCCAUGGAUAUGACUCGGGGAUUACUAUUCCAGGUCGAAUGUGAGAUUGAUGAGGAGUUGGAGCGGCUGAUGAGGGAGGAUACCUUGUCCGCUGAUGAAUGGCGAUUCGUUGAUGCAACGAUACAUACGAUGGCAGGGAAUGUCUUGAGUUGUAUCACUAUGUCUCGAUUCAACCAGAUCGCUAUGGAAGCCCAAUUUCGGGAAUCGUGA